CUGCGAAAGACGCAACGCGCCUUAUCGUCCCACCACUCCGGAGCAAGUAAACAACAGCGGAUUUUGCACCUUGUUUUGCAAGUCGUAGAACCCCGUUCUGCUCCGAACUGAACCAAGUGUAGUAUUGCUACAACUACGCCUGUUUGACGCGCUUCCGAGCCACUGUCGAUCCGGAGGCUUCACGCCCGUCACGUCCCUGUCCGAAUUUGUACUGACCCCGAGGAAAUGGCGCCACGACCGUCCCUGGCGCGGCGCACCCUUGCGCCGCAGGGCGAACAUAUCUACGAGCUGGGCGUAGUAGGGAGGAAAACCGGUGUAACGGUUCCCGACUCGGGCGUGCGCGACGAGCAUGGCAUGGAACCCAUCGAAAAUCUCUUCUCGUCCCCCGGCAAGUCGGACCAGGAGGAGCAGCAGAACGGGGCCUCGGACGAGGAGGAGGAGAGUGGCGGGGAGGCGAUGGAUAUCACUACCACAUCCGGCAUCGGCCCAGCGGCACUGCUAAACGGCCACGUGAAUAGGUUGCCCGUGCCCGUGUCGCGCGUCCGUUCGCCGGCAAAGUCGCUCCUCAAGUCGCCCGCCCAACGAAAUCGACUCCUCGCACGCAACUCGUCGUCGCCGGCCCGCGGUGCAAUCGUUAGAGACGAGCGCGCUAAGUCGAGUAGCCAGCUGACAGGCGAACGGGGCGCAGAACGCCGAAUCGACUUCCGGAGUGUCGCAAGCGGAGGCCCACACUCCCUAUCACAACCGCUUCCGGGCAGACGCUUAGCAGCUGACGGCAGGAGGCUCGUUAAUGGCAACCGCUUGCAGCCUCUGCAGCAGGACGAGGACGAGGAAGAAGGGCUGCAGAGCGGAGGAGAAGACGAUGAGGUUAAUGACUUCGUUGAGGAAUCCAUGGCCUUGCUGAACGACGGCGACGACUAUGAUCCCCAACAACCCGAUCCCGAACCGGCGCGUAACGAAGAUGAAGAGGAGAAGGUCUCAAUGAUCGAAGACAGGGACUCGUCUCCCGCUGCUGCCGGUAAGAAACGAGGUCGUCCGCCGAAACAGAAGGAGACUGCGCCGGCAAACCCUGCAAAGCCGCCAAAGAAACCUACCAGGCCCGAACCGGAGGAGGAGGAGGAGGAGGAGGAUGCGGAUGAGCAGGAAGAAGAGGAAGAGGAGCCAACGCCUAGGCCACAGAAACCAGGAUCAGGGAGACGAGGACGGCCCGCCAAAGCCUCAAAGGCCCCAGCUCCCGCCCCAGCUCCGCCUCCCGCUCGUGGAGGGAAAAGGCGGCGAUCAUUAGAUGAAGAAGGAGUUGUCGCUGCCAGGGAACCUUCACCGGAGCCUCAGCCAAAACGCCAGCGCGCCUCGACCGCUUCCAACACCGCGAAACCAGCCCAGAAGAGAUCCGCAGCCGCAGAGAAAAAGGUCGCCGAACCGGUUCCAGCAGCGAAACCCGGCAGAGGCCGGGAACGAAAAUCCUCCAUCGACCCUGGCGAUGUCUCCCAAGUUGCGAUAGCCCGGCGCCCGCCCUUACCCAAAUCCCGCGGCCUGCUCAUCAACCGCCGCGAGGUUCCGGGCGACGCUUCAAACUCCAUGUUCCGGACACGGUCGGGGCGCACGUCCUUGAAGCCGCUUGCAUUCUGGCGCAACGAGCGGGUCGAAUUCGAGAAGGACGAGGCCGAGGACACGUUUAGGGGGCGGACGCACCGGGGUCGGUUUGUCUUGCCCAGUAUCAAGGAGGUUGUCAGGGUCGACGAGCCGGAACCAGAGAUGCGGCCGAAGUCGCGCAGGGCAAGUGGGGUGGGUAAGAGGGGAGGUGGUGGUGCGAGGCGCGGUAGGAGGAGGGGGGGCCACGUCUUCGAGGAGGACGAAGACGACGGGCCUGCGGAGUUGUGGGAGCUCGAUCCGGGUACUGUCACGGGUGAGGUGGUCGUUUGGCAGCCCGAGUACGAGUUCAACCCGCCCGCGCCGAAUGAUCUGGUCAGCGUCAUGGACAAGCAGCUCGCCAUCAGCAGCGCGGCCAUCAAGACGACCGAGAUUGUGGGCGGCGAGUUCCGGUACGCAAAGGUGUUCAGCGAAGGGUUCAUUGGCGCCGGCGUGGUGGACCUGCCGCCUGGAUCCAUCAAGCGGCUCAAGAACUCGCGCAAGGUGUUCAUGAUCUUCUUCGUGCACGUUGGCCGGGUGCUGGUGACCGUUCAGGAGACGAGUUUCCGCAUCAGCAAGGGUGGGAUCUUUAUCGUGCCCAGGUACAACGAAUACACCAUCGAGAACGACUAUGAAUACCCUGCCCGCAUCUUCUUCUCGCAAGGGCAGGAGAUGACGGCCAAGCCUGUGGCGGAGGAAGAGGCUGCGGAUGGUGAGGGUGAUGCGGACGAAGAGGUGGAGGUUAGUGAAGGGGAAACAGAGAGCGGCGAAGAGUGAUGUGUGGUGGGCUUAACUAGGGGACUAUACGGAACUGGAGGUUGUAUUGGUUCAGGAGUACUGGGGAAAAUUGUUCAGAGGGGGGCGUCUGGGCUUGACUGUUAGUCUAUAGUACUGGAUGUUGUGUCAGGAGGCACUAGCGGAUUAGGGAGGCUCAACACAGCUGUCGAACAUGAGCGAAAUAUGAACUGUACCGGAAGGUCUGUCCUAGCCUGUGUUGUGCCGAAGGGAUAGUUAAUUGAACUUGCAGAUGUGAUCUUCCA